UAUUGUGGUGGCACUGGAAGAAAAACAGACCCGUUUCCGUCGGCAAAAAGAUAAAAAAAAAAAACCGAAAAAGAAAGCAAGCGAGCCUGUGCAGCUCUUCUUUGGAGGAUAACUUUUUCUUGGUUUUGCACAGAAUUUAAAUUUCAUCUGAUUAUCAUAUCGAUGCACGUACUUUUGUUUCGUUUAUUUCUUCACCUAAUAUUUUUUUUAAAGUCCCAGCGAGAUAUGCAGUUGCAACUUUCCCGAUUCACCUCCGAGGCGGUCUGUGGGAUGCGCACUUCACCUGGCGAAUGGAGCGAGAGAAGCUGCUGCAAAAUGUAGACGCGAAGGCAGACGCACGCCAGGCGAAGCGCAUUCGUCCUUUCUGAAGUCGCGGAUUUCAUUGUUUUAUGUCUCCGACCCGCUAAAGGGAGCCGUCCACCGCCAACCUAGUUCUCCAUGGCCUGUUAUCGAGGAUUGGCAGGCGGACACCUGCAGGGUCUGGAUACGCUCGCCGCUUCUGAGGAGACCCCGGCGGUGUUCCAGGCAUUUGGGCAGUUCUGGGACGUGCAGUGCAGGCUGGGCCGGGGGGUGUCCGCCUCGGUGUACAAGGUGUCCUCGGGAGUGGCCUCGGCAGCCGUCAAAGAGUUUGAGAGCAGCGCGCAGGCCGGAGAUUACGGCUUUCGUAAGGAGCAAGCGGUGCUGGAGGAGCUUAAGGGCCACCGGAAUAUCGUUACCUUAUAUGGCACAUUUACUAAUUAUUAUGGUCCACACUUAUCCACUAACUGCCUUUUACUGGAAUUACUUGAUGUGAGUGUCUCAGAGCUGCUGCUUCGGUCCAAGAGUCAUGGCCACUCAAUGUGGAUGAUUCAGCAUUUGGCCAGGGACAUUCUUGAGGCACUUUUCUUCCUACAUCGAGGACACUACGUUCAUGCUGACAUUAAGCCCAGAAAUAUCCUAUGGAGUGCUGACGAUGAAUGCUUUAAGUUAAUUGACUUUGGCCUCAGCUUCAAAGAAGGAAAUCAGGAUGUAAAGUACAUACAAACAGAUGGCUACAGGGCUCCAGAAGCUGAACUCCAAAACUCCCUUGCUCAGGUUGGUCUGGAAAGUGAUGUCGAGUGUACCUCAGCUGUGGACCUCUGGAGUCUAGGAAUCAUCCUGCUUGAAAUGUUCUCAGGAAUAAAGCUGAAAGAAACUGUUCAGUCUCAGGAAUGGAAGGUCAAUAGUUCUGCCAUUAUUGAUCACAUCUUUGUUAGUAAGAUUGUGGUUGGUUCUGCUAUCCCAGUCUAUCAUCUCAGAGACCUUAUAAAAAGCAUGCUUCAGAGUCAUCGAGCACAAAGAAUUACUGCUGAAAAUGCCUUGUGUAGUCCAUUUUUUAGCAUUCCUUUUGCACCACAUAUUGAAGAUUUGGUUAUGCUUCCCUCACCUGUUUUGAGGUUGUUAAAUGUAAUUGAUGAGCGCCAUCUUCAGACUGAAGAAGAGUAUGAAGAUGUUGUUGAAGACAUGAAAGAAGAGUGCAAGAAGUAUGGAGUUGUGGUUUCUCUCUUAGUCCCAAAGGAAAACCCAGGCAAAGGCCAGGUUUUUGUUGAGUAUGCAAGUGCAGGUAACUCCAAAGAAGCCCAGAAGAUGCUAACUGGAAGAACAUUUGAUGGGAAGUUUGUUGUAGCCACAUUCUAUCCUUUGAGUGCCUAUAAGAGAGGAUACUUGUAUAAAACCGUGCUUUGAGUAAAUUCCUUAAGUUGAUUGGGAUCGUUUUGCUUUUGUAUUAUGGAAAGAGGCUCUCACCAAAACCUUUAUAUUCCUAAAACCACUGCUAAAUAUCUAAAUGUUUUCAUAUUUGGAAAUGUUAUGAGAAUAUGAAUAGGUAAGAAAUUUACCACCCCUUAGAUAAAAGCCAAAGAGAGCCAUCAGUCUUUAAUCAUGUGUGUCCAGUUUACUUUUUCAUAAGAAAAUUAAACAAACAUUCAGGGUUGUCUCCUCAGGUAGAUGAAGCAGGCAGAAGCUUAUUGUUGUUGGCAGGUCAUAAUUUUCAGCAGGGUGUAUCAUUUUUUUCUUUUUCUUAUUAACAAACUUCCUUUAUUAGCACAUAUGUACCCAGGUACUUUGGAGAUCAACUUGAAAAACUGAAUUUUAAUCCUGUGGAUUCUUAGUUGAAAAAGUUAAUGUUCAUCCUAUUUAUUCUCAUUGGUUCUCUAGAAUCGUGCUGGCACUGAGAAUUUUGUAGCAGUUUUAAAUUAUAGUUCGUAAUAUGACUUUCUGUUGCCUUGUAGUCAGUAGAUUCAGAAAAAAGUAAUUGGCAUAAUGAGGAAUUGGGUUACAUACACAAUAAUAUAUAAGGUUAUAUAUACAGAAAUAAUGCAAUCACUGAUACGAAGGAGAAUCUAUAUACAACUUAUUGGCUCUGGCAGCAAUUUGCCAGUAAUGUACAAACAACUGUGUGUGUGUGUUUAGACAUGUAUGUACAGUAUGCACUAUUAUGAGCUUGUGAACAGGAGCAGUUGUAUUUUCAGCAAUUGAUCAUUCGUGAAAUAGAGUUAGUAUUUUUAAUGUUCUUUAUUGGCAAAAAAUGUAUUUUACUAAAAAAAAAAAAAAUUGUCACUUUUAAGCAUGAGCAGAGAGACGUUUUUGGUAAAGGUGAUUUUAUAAGUACAUGCUGUAAUUUACAUUGCAAAACAUAUUAAAAAAAAAAGGACCAAAUGAUUGUAAAAGUUAAAGUUGAAAGAAGCAGAUGUUAACAAAACAAUUUCCACUGCGUCCUAAGAAUGUAAUUGGUUGUACGCAUUUGUAGAUCACAUUAAAUUGUAUGCACUGUACAUUUUAAUGUGAUCCACGAAUAGUGGCCUUUUCCAGUUCUUUGUUUAUGUAGUCUAGUCAUAUCACAGUAUCUCAUUUUAGAAUAUUGCUGUAGGGAUAAUAGCCAUUUUGAUUUUAGGUUAAAAAUUAAAAUAAAAAUUUCAAAGCAUUAGCAUGACAGUGUAAUCCAAAGAUAUUAACAAUACUACAGCUUAAUGACCAAAUAGGUGUACUUUUAAUUAUAUGCACAUUGUCUAUACAAUUCAUCCAGAGACUCCUGCCGUUUAAAGAACUUGCGAUUAAGAACGAAGUUUUCAAAAUACUUGGUUUCUCUGGCUAAAAGCAGCAAAUAUUUCUGUUUCUAACAUAAUAUUUAACAUUCUGUACUGUUUACAUUUAGCAGAAAUCUUGUUUUAACUUUACAUUUUUGCUAAGCACCACUUAAAUUUAGAUUGCUUAAUGGUGGUACACUUUGUAGCUGUUUCCUGUUUGUCCAAAGUGUAAUGAAAUUGGACAAAUUCCAAAAAUCUAAAAACUACUGCAUAUAUUUUAAAAUCCGAUUGUUUGUCUGUUGACUUGGAAUUUACAUGUGUUGGUUUGACCGUAGCAUUUUAACAAUAUUUUAAAGUUUGUGUGUAAAAAGUGGCCUACAGUUGGCAAAUAAGGAUUGUUAGCAAAUAUUGUUUUGUUUAUAUGGCACUGCUGACUGUCCUAGCAUUUUGCUAACAGCUUUAGUAUAAUUCAUACUGUGCACUAAAUGUUUUAACAUAUUUUUUAACUUUGUAAAGAGCCGUGAACUUGAAAUACAGACAUUCAUGAAUGUU